UUAUAGGCAGUCGUCCUCGGGGUUUCCUACAGCAGAUCCACUCAGCAAGCUUUCACUGCUUCAACCGUCAGCUUUCCAUACGUGGCUCAGAAUAGGAACUGGUUUCUUCUGUUUGCUGCUACAGACACUGAACAAGGGCCACUGACAACAUUUCUCACACCAGCUCUGAAUCUAACAGACAAAGAGAAUGAAGGUUACCAUAAUCAUGUUUUGCCUGAUGGGAGCAGUUCUUGCCAACCCAAUUUUCUUCAAUGCCGUUUUGGACUCGAAUGAGCUCGACUCAAACUCGACUGAAAGUGUGUCUGUUUCACAAUCAUCAUCAUCAUCAUCAUCAUCAUCAUCAUUGGAAAAUGACACCUCAGAGCUUCAGAGCUCUGAAGAAAAUACCUCAAAUCAAACUCAGAGUUCAGAGUCACAAUCAUCAGAAUCAUCAGAAUCAAUUGAAUCAUCAGAAUCAUCAGAAUCAUCAGAAUCAUUAGAAACCACAUCCGAGGACAAGACUUCAGAGGAGAGUAACAGUCAAUCAGAUGAGGAUGAUGGGAGCGACUCCAUGGCUGAAACCAGAGAUAACAGCAUGGGCAGUGAGGAGAACAUGCGAAAGAACUGGGUUCAAGAGCUUGCAAGCAUCGAUGUCCUGAGCGCAGAGGACAACAGCAGCAGCACAGAGGUCAAGGGUCAAUCAGACCAGCUGCCUGAGAACCAGCUAACUCUUUCCUCCACCAGCAACACUUCCAACACAGACCUAGCGCUGGUGGAGAAUCCCACCGACAGCAGUGACACCACCAGCGACAGUGCAGACACCAGUGAACUUACUGGUGUCCCCGCCUCUGACAGCAGUGAGAGCACCAGCAGUGAAAGCAACGAGACUAACGAGACCAGCGAGACCAGUGACAGCAGUGACAGCAGUGAUGCCAGCCAGAGCGUGGAGGACAGUAAUGCCAGCGACAGCGCCGAGCUGCAACAAAUCAAAACCUGUGUGAAUGGAACCCUGAACUGUGAAAAUGAGGAGGAUUUCUUCGAGAAUAUAGGAGACGAUGCUCAUUACGCAGUGGACAAUCUGAUGGUGCCAGAUGAGGAUGAGAGGGAGUUGAGUCUAAGGAGAUGAUGGCAUGCACUUGUGCAGCUCUAUAUAUUUUACCCCACUAUGAACUACUACACCAUUUAAUGACCUGCGUGAAGACUUCAGGAUGAUAUUUUUGCUCUUUGCCCAUCGCUUCUGAAUGUUGAAUUUGGCAUUAUAAUGUUACCUGCAACUCAUAUUGAUUUAUAUAUGUGUGAUUAUUAAUGUGAUGAUGAUGUAGCCUAAAAGUAUUUACUUUGUUUUGAUAAUAAUAAACAAAUAAUAUAUCCAUGA